AUGGCUCCUAUUUCGUGUUCAAGGAAAGAGUUCAAACCCACUGAUGAUGAACUCAUCCAAUUGUUUCUUUACAAUAAGGUCAAUGGGAAACCAUUGCCAACUGAUGUUUCGAUUCUUGAAUAUGACUUAUUUGGUGAAAAGAACCCUUGGGAGAUUUGGGAAGCCUUUGGAAGUUCCAACUCUUACGGUGGAACUGAUCUUUACUUCUUAACCACUUUAAAGAAAAAGUUUUCCACUGGCUCACGCUUUGUUCGCACCAUUGGAUGUGGUUCAUGGGAAGCUGAAGACAGUGGAAAAAAUAUUAUGGCCAGUGGCACGAUGCAAUGUAUUGGAACAAGGAGACGUUUACGAUUUGAAAAGAGUGGCACCAACCAUGAUGGUGCUUGGAUCUUGCAUGAAUAUAGAAUUGAUUCAUCCUUGUUAGAAAAUCCAUCAGCCGACAAUUAUGUUUUAUGCAGAUUUAGAAAGAAUCUAAGACAUGAUCUUCACAAAAAACAAGGUGUGAAAAGAACUACACAAGAAGACAUCGCUGUAACCCAAUCGAGGAAGAGAGUUGUUCUUGGACUCGAAGCUUCCACCGUAUAUGUCGAUAGGAAUGUUAGUUCAGUGGAAGACAUUCAUCACGAACCAAGAAACCAAGUUGAUUGUGGAGACAAGAGGAUGAAGCUGGAGGUGGAGAUUUCCAAUAGAACUGAGUUCGUAUAUAAGGAACAAGAAGAUGAUGAUCUCACCAUGACUUGGCCAGAGUUAUUUUCGUUGCAGAUGAGAGAGGCUAAUGGAGUCUUAGUCCAAGAAGAAGAGAUCCAAAUGCUUCCCAAUACAUUUUACCAUGAAUUUUUAUUGGAGAGGUUAUCGCCAUCCUACUUAUGA